CAGCUCUUAUUGUAUAUGGAGUUCGAUCUGCGCGUUCCAAAUUUCUUUAAUAAAGUUAAAAUACAAUACUUUUAAGCCUGACAGGACCAGUUAAAAUUCAUUCGUCACGAUGGCAUGGAUACAGAUUGUUUGCUUUGCGUAUCUUCCCUGGAUAUUGCAUACAGUGAACUCCUCAGACAAAGAUGAUUGCCUUCGGAUAGGCGGGGUUUUAUGUGGGAUUAAGCAUUGGUGCAUCCCUAAAAACAAAGUAUGCGACGGAGAAAAUGAUUGCCAGUUUGGUGUAGAUGAGUCUUCUCGUGCAUGCACUCUCAAACAGCAGUGUGAAUCGAAUUGGUCCUUAAGCGAAGGCUGCUUUAAUCGAUGCAAACCCGGUUAUUUUGGCAAAUACUGCGAGAAAAUAUGUCCAGAAAAAUGUUUGAACAGGAUCUGUAAUAUACAAAGUGGAAUUUGUACAAACUGUGCACCUAGUUACUAUGGCAAAAAAUGCGAUAAAACUUGCACAGAAGAAUGUUUGAAUGGGACAUGUUAUAGCUCAAGUGGGAUAUGUCAGGAAUGUGCACUUGGUGUAUUUGGCAAGUUUUGCGAGAAAAGUUGUUCGAACGAAUGUUUGAAUGGGAUAUGUUAUAGCUUAAGUGGAAUUUGUAAGGACUGUAAAACAGGUUAUUAUGGCAAGUACUGCGACAAAACUUGCCCAGUAGGAUGUUUGAAUGGGACAUGUAAUACAUCAAGUGGAAUAUGUAAGAACUGUAACCCUGGUUACUUUGGCAAGUACUGCGAAAAGAAUUGUUCAGAAGAAUGUUUGAAUGGGAUAUGUAAUAGCUCAAGUGGAAUUUGUAAGGACUGUAAGCCUGGUUACUUUGGCGAGUUUUGCGAGAAAAGUUGUUCAGAAGAAUGUUUGAAUGGGAUAUGUAAUAGCUCAAGUGGAAUUUGUAAGGACUGUAAGCCUGGUUACUUUGGCGAGUUUUGCGAGAAAAGUUGUUCAAACGAAUGUUUGAAGGGGAUAUGUGAUAGCUCAAGUGGAAUAUGUAAGGACUGUACACGAACAUAUUUAGAAAGUUGUUCGCUAAGAUGUGGCCAAGGAUGUCGCCAAAGAAACGGGUUUCCGCAAUGUGACAGACAAAGUGGCAAAUGCUUGCACGGCUGUUAUCUUACUUAUGGAAGCCAUUGUAACGAAACAUGUAGUAACUGCAAAAGUCUUUCCUCGGUUGUCCCGUGCGAUAUAGACGGUGUAUGUCUGAUAGGAUGUGAAAGCGAUUAUUGGGACAAAAAGUGCAGUUCUAAAUGCAGUGCCAAUUGUCAAGGUGACGAACAUGGAAACCGGUGUAAUUCAUCCACCGGGGAAUGUAUAAACGGCUGUACUCAUGGAUGGAGUGGUAGAUUCUGUGGAGAUGUGAGCAGUUUGCAAACGACGACUACUGAAUCGACCGAGAAAGAUAAUGUCAGCUCCUUCAAGACACCUAUGAUAGUCAUAUCAGCUAUUCUCACUGUGGUUGUCAUUGUUGUCGGGAGUGUCUGCUUCUUAUUGGCUCGAAAAGGGUUUAUCCAUCAGCAAAAUGAUCGCAUGGAACCAGGCCGAGUAUUUCCAGAUGGCGUUCCACUAACGCAACUAUCAUCCGGGUCUCGGAGACGGCAAAGCUUUAAUGUGUAUACAGACAUCAACGAAGAAACCAUUGAUUAUUAUCAUGACAUCUGUGAGCAAAACUUACCAGAUAACUAUGACGAAAUCAACGUCACAAAUGACACCGAUAUCGAAAUCAUGCAUUUAAAAGAAUUUACGGACGAAAAUAAUUCACGACGGAGCGUAGCAAAGUCUGAAGACAAAGAUGAUCUUGACAGUACUGAAGAAACGGGGCGGAAAGUCAUACAAUAAAAUGGUGAUCUUGAUCACGGGUGUAAGUCAGACAGUACGAGCGGAGUAAAUCCCAAACGUAGCGACAUAAAAUCUAAUACCAGCAUUGAACUUGCGGGCAGGAACGAUGUGUUUGACCUUGAAACACAUUGCCAAACAAACAAGGCCGAAAACAGGCAAAUGCAAGCUGCUAAAUAUUGCAACGAGGGAGAGGACAUAUUUGGUGAUUUAGGACAAUUUCAAGUGGAUUAUAUUCAUGCUAUUGCUAUUGAUAAAUGUGAACUGCUUGAUAAUGAAAUAGAUCAUCAAACUGUACAGUCUUCCCUAUAAAUGAGUCAAACAGAAUAUGUCAAAGAAAACGUUUGUGCAGAUGACAGAAACUUUAAUAUAACCCAACGGUCUGCAACACAAAUCAACAAUGGACGAUCAGACAAACACCAAAAGGCAAUAACAAACGAGCAAGUGAUAAAAUAAAACAAAACGAUUAUCUCGUCCGUCCUUGACAACUGAUGUUUCGGUCAUAAAAUCUUUAUAAUGGAGAUUUUCGCUAAAACUUCUGAAUUGUAGAAAAUUAUGGUUAUAGCUGCGUCAUGCAUUAUAUUCGGGUGGUCAUCUCAAAGCCUUUGGUAUCAAAAAUACCUUUGACAAUUUUACAGCAUUAAGAGUAUAUUAGUAAAGUGAGUCGAGCAUUAAGUGCGUUUUUUCAGUUUAAAUGUAAAGGUCAUCUUUAAAAUUUAAUGUAUCCUAGUAAGUUUUUAUUUGUCAUUAUUAAUAGAAAUUUGUACAAGUUUAAGAUUAUGGCCAUAAUUAUAAACUAGUUUAAGCUCUUAGUAGAAUCAUGUUCCAGCGAACUCGUGUGUAACUAACCGUUCUAAGGCGGUAAUAAUAUUAUUUGUCAGUUAAGCUAUUUUGUGUAUGCGUAUGUUUGUGGUGUGUAUACGUGUGUAUGUGUUUAGUACGUUUGGGUCGCUAUUUCGGUAUUGUUUGGGCACUAGCCUAGAGCCUCUCAACAUGGUUUAUAUUUUUGACUAACGAGCGCAUCCCUUAAGAUUUCAUUGUAUUAUUGUAUUAUGUAGCGUGUGAAUAAUUGAAUGGUUAUAUCAUUAUUAUUAAUGUAUAAACGUGUACUCUCAAUAUAAUGCCUGUGAGAACUAUUGAUAUAUUCAUAUACUAUACUUGAAUAUACUUUACGCAUAUGCAUGCAUGUAAGACGUAUUCAUGAUAUAUAUACUACAUUGGAGUGUAA